AUGGGAGUCACCGAUGUUGGAACGGUGACCGUUGAGCUUGUAGCUGCCGCCAAUGCGAAUCUCCCGUGUAAAGAGCGGAGAUUCACGAAAGUCCAAGUGCCAGCUAUUUACACCCGGGGUCGAUGGAGGUGUUGUGAUUAUCCGGAUGAGGAGAAUCCACCCCCACAAAUCGCCGACUCGCCGAUUGUUGGUUUCUCGGGAACGGCGAAGAGAAUUAUGGCUAGAGAACCGCCCGGGCACAUCAAAGCAAUCAUCGAGCAGCGACCGACACAAGCGAUCACCAGUCACGCUAUUCCUCUCGAUAACGCCUCAUCGACAAUCGUCGUGACCUCGGUUCGCCCGGCGCCCGGGAUGACCAUGGUGAAUGAAUUUCCUAUCCGAGACGAUCCACUGAUGAGCUCACCAACUGGACAAACCUUUGAGAUCAUUCGACAAGUGGUGAAUACGGAGAAUGACACUGAUUCUCAUCAUUCACAAAAGGAUUCUCAUCCGAGUGGCUUCGAAACGGCGUCGAAUAGUGGACAAAACGAGGCGAUGAGUGGAGAUGAUGAG